CCCCUCCCUCCCGUCCCUGUCAGUGGAGAGAUCAGAGUAUACCCAUCUCUGGGAGUGCAUUUAUCCGUCCGGCUCAGUGUACCGGUGGCCUUACCGGCCAUGCCGCCCUCAGGGCCCCCCUCAGACGCCGUGUCUGGCUGACAGAGCCGCUCCAGGACAGCAGCCCGUACCCUCAGUGUGGGACCGGCUCGGAGCCACUUGCCCAACACCGCUGCGUUCUGCUCUGACACUGGGAUCUGCCCUCCCGUCACUUCUACCGACCCCCGGAUUUCCCCCAGAGCACAAGGAGAUACCCCUGAAUAUACCCCGCAGCCGCUGAGCAUCAUGUGGACUCCGACCGAGGAGGAGAAAUACGGAGUGGUGAUAUGUAGCUUCCGUGGAUCUGUGCCUCAGGGCUUGACGCUGGAACUGGGGGAGGCCGUUCAUAUCCUGGAAAAAUGUGAAGGCUGGUACAGAGGAGCCUCCAUUAAGAACCCAAACAUAAAGGGAAUAUUUCCUGUAAACAUCAUCCAUUUGAAGAAGGCUACAGUAAGCAACCGAGGGCAGUAUGAGACAGUGGUUCCUGCUGAAGACCCCCUUGUUACAGAGGUGACAUCUACGCUGCAGGAAUGGGCCUCCCUGUGGAAGCAGCUCUAUGUGAAGCACAAAGUGGACCUAUUUUACAAGCUUCGCCAUGUGAUGAAUGAGGUCAUUGACUUGCGCAGACAGCUGCUAUCAGGUCAUCUCACACAGGACCAGGUACGAGAGGUCAAGAGACACCUGACAGUGCGACUGGACUGGGGAAAUGAGCAUCUGGGCCUGGACUUAGUGCCCCGCAAAGAAUUUGUAGCUGCAGAUUCUGAUCAGAUCAGCGUCUCCGACUUGUACAAGAUGCAUCUGUCAAGUCGGCACAGCGUUCAACAAAGUACAAACCAGGCAGACACCCUGCGGCAGCGACACAAGGAGUCACGAGCUCCCGUUCCUCACCACCUGCUGCUCAAUCUGAAGAGUUUCACGCACACUAACAUAGGGGAAGAUGUGGACCUUUUCUUCUCGCUGUAUGACAUGAGGGAGGCACGUCAAAUCAGUGAGAGGUUUAUGGUACGUCUGAACAAGAAUGGAGGUCCAAAGAACCCGGAGAAGUUGGAGAGGCUCUGUGCACUAUUUACAGAUUUAAGCAGUAAGGAUGUAAAGAGAGACCUGCAUCUUGUUGUUCAUGUCAUUCGUAUAGGGCGCAUGUUACUGAAUGACUCACGGAAAGGACCUCCUCAUGUGCACUAUCGGCGCCCAUAUGGCUGUGCAGUGUUAAGCCUCGGGGAGGUACUGCCAGUCCUUUGUGAACACAGAGAUGAGAAGGAUUUUGUUCUGAAGGUGUAUAUGUGUAACAAUGAGAACGAGUGGUACCAGACUCACGAGAAUAUCAUCCGAAAGACCAGCACCAAGUAUUCCACACCCAGUUCCAACUAUGGGCUGAUGGUAUCCUUGCAACUUUUGCGUGGGGACAUGGAGCAGAUCCGUAGAGAGAACCAACUGCUGUUUAAUAGGGGGGCAGCUGUGACUCGCAAGCUUGGGUUCCCUGAUGUCAUUCUGCCAGGCGACAUCCGCAAUGACCUCUAUGUGACGUUGGAAAGAGGGGACUUUGAGAGGGGAGGAAAGAGCGUGCAGAAGAACAUCGAAGUCACAAUGCAUGUUCUCUACGCAGAUGGAGAAAACUUAAGGGACUGUGUUAGCCUUGGGACAGGAGAGCCCCCAAGAACUCAGUACCACUCCUUCGUUCUGUACCACAAUAAUAGCCCCCGCUGGGGAGAACUCAUUAAACUGCCAAUUCCUAUUGACCGGUUUCGAGGGUCCCAUCUCCGCUUCGAGUUCAGACACUGCUCCACAAAGGAUAAAGGUGAGAAGAAACUCUUUGGAUUUUCUUUUACCCCUUUGAUGAGAGAUGAUGGGACCACGCUGUCAGAUGACAUCCAUGAGCUCUAUGUCUAUAAGUGUGAUGAGAACAGCACCUUCAACAACCAUGCUUUGUACCUGGGGCUUCCCUGCUGUAAGGAUGACAUGAGUGGCUGCCCCAAUAUCCCUUCAAGUCUGAUUUUUCAGCGCAGUGCCAAAGAGACUUUCUGUAUCUCCACACAGCUUUCUUCUACCAAGCUCACCCAGAAUGUUGAUCUUCUAGCGCUCCUGAAGUGGAAGGCUUACCCUGAUCGAAUACUAGAUAUUCUUGGUCGGCUGCGGCAUGUGAAUGGGGAGGAGAUAGUCAAGUUCUUGCAGGACAUACUUGACACACUGUUUGUCAUUCUGGACGAGAACACAGAGAAGUAUGGGCUGCUGGUCUUUCAGUCACUGGUCUUUAUCAUCAACCUGCUGCGCGACAGUAAAUAUUAUCACUUCCGCCCCGUGUUGGACUCGUAUAUCCAGAAGCAUUUUGCUGGUGCAUUGGCCUAUAGGGAGCUGAUCCGGUGCUUGAAGUGGUACAUGGACCGUUCAGCUGACCUUGUGAGACAAGACCACAUCCAGGAAGCUAUGAGGGCUUUGGAGAUUCUUUUCAAGUUUAUCAUCCAGUCACGGUUGCUAUUUGCUCGCUCCACGGCUGGAUUGGAUGAGGAGCCGUUUCGAUGCAGUAUCCACGAACUUUUCCAGUCCAUGCGCUUUGUGCUGAGCCUCGACACGCGGAGCUCUGACACUCUGCUCUUUACACAGGCCGCUCUCCUCAGCUCCUUCCCUGCUAUAUUUGAGGAAUUGCUGCCAAUGUUUUCUGUCGCUGAGGUGGCAGAGUUUGUACGGGGCACCCUCAGCAGUCUUCCCAGCACCCUGCACCUGGGCCAGUCCAUGGACGUGGUGAAGCUUCAGUCUAUAGGCCGCACCGUGGAUUGCCGGCUCUUCUCUUAUCCAGAGGCUCGUCGGAUCCUUCUGCCUGUGGUUCUUCAUCAUAUUCACUUGCAUUUGCGACAACAGAAAGAGCUCCUUGUCUGCUCUGGAAUCCUCAGCAGCAUCUUCUCCAUCAUAAAGAGCAGUUCUACGGAAGUGGAUGUGGGAGAAGAAGUUCAGAUGUUGCAGGAGAGCCUGCUGGAUGUGCUGCUCCAGACACUGCUUAUCAUCAUGAGCAAAUCUCAGGCCCAGGAGGCUGCAAGAGGCCAGCGGUGCCCCCAGUGUACAGCAGAGAUCACAGGGGAGUAUGUGUCCUGUCUCCUAUCUCUUCUGCGGCUGAUGUCUGAUACUCAUUACCAACAUCUACUGCACAACUUCCAGAGCAAGGAGGAGCUGAAGGAAUUCCUGCUGAAGAUCUUCUGUGUCUUCCGGAAUUUGCUGAAGUUGAGUGUCUUUCCCCCAGACUGGACAGUCAUGAGACUCCUAGCCAGCAAUGUAAUAGUGACAACAGUUCAGUAUGUGUCCCCAGCUGUGCACAAGAACUUCUGUGAUGGAGACUUUGACUUUAAGGUGUGGAACUCCUACUUCAGCCUCGCCGUCCUUUUCAUUAACCAGCCCAGCCUCCAACUAGAAAACUUUGCUGCAGCAAAGAGAAGGAGGAUACUGGACAAGUAUGGUGACAUGCGAGUGAUGAUGACUUACGAACUAUUCAACAUGUGGCAAAACUUAGGGGAGCAUAAAUAUCACUUUAUCCCAGGGAUGAUUGGCCCUUUCCUUGGGGUGUCUCUCGUGCCACAACCUGAGGUGCGGAACAUAAUGAUCCCCAUCUUCCAUGACAUGAUGGACUGUGAGCAACGGCGUAACGGAAACUUUAAACAGGUAGAGGCUGAGCUUAUUGACAAACUGGAUAGCCUUGUGUCAGAAGGAAAAGGGGAUGAAAACUAUCGAGAGCUCUUCAGCCUUCUCUCUCAGCUGUUUGGUCCCUACCCCAGCCUGCUGGAGAAGAUUGAACAGGAGACGUGGAGAGAGCCGGGUGCCUCGUUUGUUACAUCGGUAACGCGUUUGAUGGAAAGACUGCUUGACUACAGGGACUGUAUGAAAGGUGAGGAGCCUGAAAACAAGAAGCUGGGAUGCACCGUCAAUCUGAUGAAUUUCUAUAAAUCAGAAAUAAAUAAAGAAGAAAUGUUCAUCAGAUACAUCCAUAAGCUCUGUGACUUGCACCUUCAGGCAGAAAGCUACACAGAGGCAGCAUUCACCUUGCUCCUUUACUGGGAAUUACUGCAAUGGGAAGAGCGCCCCCUAAGGGAGUUUCUCCAUUACCCUGCUCAGAGUGAGUGGCAGCGGAAAGAGGGUCUGAGCCGCAAAAUCAUCCAUUACUUCAAUAAGGGCAAGUGCUGGGAGUUCGGGAUUCCUCUCUGCAGAGAACUUGCUGCUCAGUAUGAGAAACUGUAUGAUUACCAAAGCCUGAGCUGGAUCCUGAAAAUGGAGGCCUCUUAUUAUGAUCACAUUAUGGACCAACAGCGGCUGGAACCUGAGUUUUUCCGAGUAGGAUUUUAUGGAAAGAAGUUUCCUUUCUUCCUGAGGAACAAGGAAUUUGUGUGCAGGGGGCAUGACUACGAGCGUCUGGAGGCGUUCCAGCAAAGGAUGCUCAGCGAGUUCCCCCAGGCGAUUGCAAUGCAACAUCUUAACCAUCCCGACGACACCAUUCUGCAGAGUGAUGCUCAGUAUCUGCAGAUUUAUGCAGUGACUCCUCUCCCAGACACCCCAAACAUUUUGCAAAUGGAUCAGGUUCCAGAUAGAAUAAAGAGCUUCUAUCGAGUGAACAAUGUCCGGAGGUUUCGGUAUGACCGACCGUUUCACAGAGGAACACGGGACAAAGACAACGAGUUUAAGAGUCUAUGGAUAGAGCGCAGCACUCUUACACUAUCUCACAGUCUUCCCGGGAUCUCAUGUUGGUUCGAGGUGCAGAAGAGAGAGCUGGUGGAGGUCAGCCCGCUUGAGAAUGCUCUGCAGGUUCUGGGUAACAAGACUCAAGAGCUCCGAGCCCUCAUCACUCAGUAUCAGCACCAUAACCUACACGGCAACAUCAACUUGCUCAGCAUGUGUCUCAAUGGCGUCAUAGACGCUGCCGUGAAUGGGGGAAUCACCCGCUACCAGGAGGCCUUCUUUGACAAAGAGUACAUCACCCAGCACCCAGAGGAUGCAGAGAAGAUCAGUCAGCUGAAGGAACUGAUGCAGGAGCAGGUCCAUGUUCUUGGUGUGGGGCUGGCUGUACAUGAGCGGUGUGUGCACCCUGAGAUGCGUCCCCUUCAUAAGAAGCUGGUGGAUCAGUUCCAGGUUAUGCGUUCCAGUCUGUACCAGGAGUUUCCCACAAUGGAGAAGAUGAACCUCUCUUGCCCUCCCCUUUCUCGUAGCAACAUCUUGUUAGCACACGGACCUAUGAGCGCCGACAGUGUGCGACUAUUACACAGGCAUAGUCCUCUGGUUGUUCUGAACUCCGUGCGACAUUCCUCCUCCUCUCUCUCAUCACACGCAUCCAGCGAUACGGGGACAACACCCACAGCUGGGGACAGUGAGAAUGAGGACCCCUACUCCAUGCAGAUGCUGCUCCCGCACUCUCUACAUGCUGGCUCUAUCACUAAUGUUUCUGCAUUAUCUUCAUCCUACACAAGCCCCUCCUCCUCUAGCCUCAGUUCCACUCACUCUGCGCCAUCGCAGCUUGUUAACUCAGCACCUUCCAGCACUCGAGGAUCACCCUCUCUCCCAGAUAAAUACCGCCACUCACGAGAUCUGGUGAUGCUGCUCCCAGCACCAAGGGACCGACCCAGCAGUGCCAUGUACCAGACCAGCACAGACAAUGGCCAGCGCUGCAUGUACCCUCGUGCACUGUUCCAGCAGGUCCUGGGCCCCUGUAAGCCGUGCAGUGACCCCAACCUGUCUGUAGCUGAAAAAGUGCUCACAGCCCCCAGCAGUUGGAGUCUGGACAGUGGGACAAGAGAAUCUCUUCCUUUCAUGGCAUCUCACAUUGGGAGCGUCCUCACCCCCACUGGAACUACAAGGGGCCUAACACAAGGUCAUUACUCUCUGCACUUUGAUGCUUUCCAUCCUGCCAUGGGGGAAGGUGCCCCUCUGCCCACGAGGUCCCUCCGUAAGAGUCCUCUUCAUACGAUCCCUGCCUCCCCUACCAGCCCCCAGUCGUGCCUCGAUGGCAGCAAUUCUCCACUCUCAGGCAGUGCAAGCAGCGGAGUCUCUUCCCUAAGUGAAGGAAAUCUUUCUGGGUGCCCAGACCCAGCUUCAGCUACAGACCCCAGGACGGAAGAAAAUCAUACUGGGGGCUUCCAACAUUAUCCUCCAGUGCGGUACAGCCUGUCAGACCCCAAUGGCUUGGAGCCCCCCAAGUUCCAGGGAUGCAGAAGUCAUUCAGCCCCCAGUGGGGUCACUCCGCCUCGGUCACCCAGUGGGGAGCAGGAGGAGGGAGGAGCUGAUCAGGAACGGACACGAAGACAUCGAAGAAACUGCACAGGGGAAAAGGAACAACCAGCAAGGGUGGGCUGGGAGCACAACAUGAGCAAACAGUAGCAGGGCAGCUUGUAUGGAGCAGUGGGGCAGGAGGAGUAUGUUUGUGUGAGAUGGCUGUGUGAGGACUAAGCAUUUCUGAGAUCUCUAUGUUGCAAAGUGGCAGUAAGUGUGUGUAUUUGAGAUUUGUAUGUAAAGUGAAUGAAUAUGAGUUUAGGAUGGGGCAUGUGUUUCCAGGAUCUGUAUGUUGGGGAAAGGGAAGGGGGUACAUGAUUCCAAGAUCGGUACAUUAGGAGGAAAUAAGGGGUACAGGUUUCUGUAUGUUUGAGUUGGAAUGAGUUUGUGUGUUGGGAAAGGGAACGCACUGUGUGUUAUGAAGAGGCAAGGGUUACGUGUAUGUUGGGGUGUCUAGUACAGUAUGGGUAUGAUAGAGAUAGAGAGCAGUGUGUAGUGCUGAUGUCUGUAUGAGAAAUAGGUGAGAGUUAGAAGAGAAGCUUAUGGCAUACAGUACACGUUGACCAUCACGGCCCCUCACUGAGAAUCAUGGCAGCAAAAAUAUCCUUUCCCACCCAAAACUUCCCAUUCCACAGAAUACAAAAUGUGCUGCCUAUGGGUGAUGCUGGCGCUGCCAAGUUGUGGAUCAUUUGGUAAUGGUGUUUCCAGCUUGGCAUCUCCCUUGUGCCUUUUUGGACACCAGAGGCCCUCCAUUCCCUCGAAACGUUGCCCUUAAGGUUACCAGGGGCUGCUUUUUGACACUUUGGGUAGAGUGCAGCCUGAGAAAUGGCCGCCUCAUACCAAAUGAGCCCCUUGGCAACUUCAGCAUCUGCACUUUGUUCCUUAUUACAACAAAUGGGAAGGUCUGCAAAUAGGCAAGGGUGUUUUUGGCAGAAACAUGAGAAGGCAGUGGUGAUCAAAUUGCUCUAUGUGCCAAAGGGUGUGAAGGGAAUAGCAGUAAUAGAAUGGCUGUAAUUAACUUAUUUUAUCCCACAUGGAAGAAACAGCUCCUCCUCCUGCCCCUGAAUUCAGGACACUGGUUAUACUUGCUGUUUCCAGCCUGUCUCCUCGCUCUUGGACUCAACAAAUUAACGCCUGUCCACCCUGUUACCCGGGGUUUUACCCCUUGCUGUCUGUGAGGGUCUAAAGAAAUGUUAAGCUCCAUCAGCCACCGUCACCAUCAGACGGGAAUGAGCAACCUCUUGUUAUGUGUGUUCAUAUUAUAAGCCCUCCAGCAGUGCAGUGUUGUGUCCCUGAGAUCAGCUUCCCGCAGGGUGUGUGUUUGUAUAUACAGUGUCCGCAUGUUCCUCGCACACUCCGUGCCGUCCGGUUUAUGUGUAAAUACGAUUCACUGUUUCUGUUGUUGUUUUUUUUUUCCUUCAGAUGGUUGUUAUAUGAAAAUAAAGUUUACUGCACUGGAGGAAAUCA